AUGAAACCGUUCCUAGCCACGAUGUUCUGCGUUGUUUUGUCUGUUCUGUUUUCUGAUACAGCAGUCGGCCGGCCAGCCAAAAGAACAUCUCCAAUAUCUAUAGGAGGUGAGAGUUAUUUUGAGGAAACUGGUGGAUUUUUUGAAGGCGAUAUAAUACUUUCACCGGAGCAGUCAGAUGCAGUGAAGAACGGCUACACCGCUGCGUUGUAUGAAUCAUCCAAGUGGCCAAACAACAUCGUGUACUACAUGUUCAAUACAGCAGUUUUCACUCCAGAACAGCAGAAAAUCAUUCGCAACGCGAUGGAACAGAUCGAGCUGGUGACUUGCAUUCGCUUUGUACCUCGCACAACCCAGAAAGGGUUUUCAUACAUUACGACUUCAUCUGCAACAGACUGCUCGUCAUACGUUGGCUAUCACGGAGGGCAGCAAACACUGAACCUGAAUCCGAACGGAUGUUUGUACAUUGGCACGAUUAUCCACGAGUUGCUCCACACGCUCGGCUUUCUUCAUAUGCACACUGCGAGCGAUCGCGACUUCUAUGUGGAUAUCAACUUUGAUGCGAUUAAGCCUGGGCAACAGAGCAACUUUCAGGGUUACAAUUCGUCUUUAGUUGACGACUACGGUAUACCGUAUGACUAUGAGAGUGUCAUGCACUACGGAAGGACAGCCUUUUCCAAGAAUGGUGAGCCCACGAUCAUACCCAAGAAACCGAACGCCAUCAUCGGCCAGCGCAAUGGGCUCAGUGCUAAAGACAUCAAACGGAUUAACAUUCGCUACCCGAACUGUUACUAA